CAGCCGGUGUCCAUGAUGACCAUUUCACGCUUAUGGUGCGACUGGGUCGUCCUACUGUUGUUGUUGGUGGCGGCGACGCCUGUGACUGUGGUGGUGGUGCAAGGGCAGCAGAGCUACGUUGAUAACAAGCAGCUCGACUGCUACAACGACUACAACACCACCGACGGUUACGUCUGCAACGGCAUCGCUUCCUCAUGCCUCUCCUACCUCACCUUCCGCUCCCUCCCUCCUUUCUACAACUCUCCCUCCUCCAUCGCCUACCUCCUCAACUCCCUCCCCACCCAGAUCGCCUCCGCCAACAACGUGUCCGACGUCGACCCCAUCCCCACCGGCACUCCGGUCAUCGUCCCCGUCAACUGCUCCUGCUUUUCCAACAAUAAUUACAGUUACUACCAGCACAACUCCUCGUACGUCUUGAAGUCCUCCGACACCUACUUCGGAAUCGCCAACAACACCUACCAGGGCCUAACCACCUGCCAGUCCCUCAUGGCCCAAAACCCCUUCGACGCCGAAAACCUCACCGUCGGCCUCUCCCUCCAAGUCCCCCUCCGAUGCGCUUGCCCCACCGCCAACCAGAAUGCCGCUGGGGUCCUCUUCCUCCUUUCUUACAUUGUCACCUGGGGGGACGAGCCUUCCACCAUCGCUGACCGCUUCGGCAUCGACCGCUCCACCUUGCUCCAAGCCAACCGCCUAUCCUCCAGUGACAUCAUUUAUCCCUUCACCCCAAUUCUGGUUCCUCUCACCACGAAACCUUCACCUUCUCAACUGCAACUCUUCUCUCCUCCUCCUCCUCCUCCUCCAUCAUCGCCGCCAGCAGCUGGGAACUCCUCCUCCUCCAGCAACAAGAAGUGGAUCUUUGUGGGUGUUGGCGUAGGAGCUGCUUGCCUCCUGACCCUCCUUGUUCUUGCCUUCUUCUUAUUCCACCAUCGUCGUCAUCCUCCUCGCCACCAUUACCCGUCGUCUCCCAAAUCCAAACUACAAGUCUCAUCAUCUUCUGGUCACAGGAGCCCAGACCACUUGAAUAUGCCAACCUCGCUGCCUUCAUCAGACACCAAAUCGUGGUCGUCUACUGCCGUUUCUUCCAGAGGUCUUCGGCAUGCCGUUGAGUCCUUGUCUGUUUACACAGUGGAGGAACUACAGAGGGCCACCCAAUUCUUCAGCGAGGCCAACAGAAUUAACAAACACUCUUCGGUGUUCAAGGGAUCGUUUGAGGGGGAUGAGGCGGCCAUCAAAGUCGUGAAAGGGGAGGGUAAUGAGAAUGAGAUCAACCUUCUGAAGCGGAUCAAUCACUCCAACAUCAUAAGACUGUCUGGCUUCUGCGUCCAUGAGGCACACACUUACCUUGUCUAUGAGUACGCUCCCUCCGGCUCUCUCGCAGACUGCCUUCAUCAUAAUAUGUCCUUGUCAUGGAAGCAGAGGGUUCAGAUUGCCCACGACGUGGCUGAUGCGCUUAAUUAUCUCCACAACUUCUCCCACCCUCCCUGCAUACACAACAACUUGAAGACCAGCAACAUCCUCUUGGAUGCCAACUGGAGGGCCAAGGUUUCCAAUUUUGGCUUGGCAAGAGCUGUCGACUUGGACUACCACCGCAGUGAUCAAGACUCGCAGCAAGAACAAGCACUCCAACUCACCAGACAUGUGGUGGGCACUCAUGGAUAUAUGGCCCCGGAGUACAUCCAGAACGGAGUCAUUACUCCCAAACUAGAUGUCUUUGCUUUUGGGGUUGUCUUGUUGGAGCUCUUAUCCGGAAGAGAAGCCGUGGCCGCUGCUGCCGCAGAUGGCAUUGAGAAAAACAGUGAAGAGGUAUUGCUAUCUGCAUCCAUAAAUGGGGUGUUGGAAGGAGACCGUGUGAGAGAGAAACUUGAAGGCUUCAUGGAUCCCUACCUCAAGCGUGAGUACCCCUUGGAGCUUGCCUUUUCCAUGGCCCAGUUGGCUCAACGCUGUGUUGCUCCUCAGGUCAACUCUCGGCCAAGCAUGGGUGAAGCCUUCAUCACGCUCUCCAAGAUUCUUUCGUCUACGCUCAACUGGGAGCCAUCUGAUUCUGAUCAACUUGAACACUCCACCAGCAUCACAGUAAGUCGUGCCAAUAGACUCUGAAAUUCGGAGUGGCUAAUGAUUUUUGUGAUUGUAUUGCAGUCUGCAAAGUAGUGUCCAUGCAAACGGCAUUGCUCUAUUUACCUUGUCAUUGUCAACACAACAAAGAGGGGUACAUCCCAACUCUCA